GGAGCCAGGAACAAGAUGGCCGCGCCCGCAGCUGCCAUGGAGCCGCAAGCUUCUGGGGGUCCCCGGCUCCCAGUGUGUCUGUUGGUGUUGGGAAUGGCGGGAUCUGGGAAAACUACCUUUGUACAGAGGCUCACGGGACAUCUGCAUAGUCAAGGCUCUCCACCAUAUGUGAUCAACCUGGACCCAGCUGUGCAUGAAGUUCCCUUUCCUGCCAAUAUUGAUAUUCGUGACACUGUGAAGUAUAAAGAAGUCAUGAAACAGUAUGGACUUGGGCCCAAUGGUGGCAUAGUAACCUCACUCAAUCUCUUUGCUACCAGAUUUGAUCAGGUAAUGAAAUUUAUUGAGAAGGCCCAGAACAUGUCUAAGUAUGUCUUGAUUGACACACCUGGACAGAUUGAAGUAUUUACUUGGUCAGCUUCUGGGACAAUCAUCACCGAGGCCCUGGCAUCCUCAUUCCCAACAAUUGUCAUUUAUGUAAUGGAUACAUCUCGAAGUACCAACCCAGUGACCUUCAUGUCCAAUAUGCUCUAUGCCUGCAGCAUCUUGUACAAAACCAAGCUGCCUUUUAUUGUGGUCAUGAAUAAAACUGACAUCAUUGAUCACAGCUUUGCAGUGGAAUGGAUGCAGGAUUUUGAAGCUUUCCAAGAUGCCUUGAAUCAAGAAACUACAUAUGUCAGUAACCUGACUCGCUCGAUGAGCCUGGUGUUAGAUGAGUUUUACAGCUCACUCAGGGUGGUGGGUGUGUCUGCUGUUCUGGGUACAGGCUUAGAUGAACUCUUUGUCCAAGUUGCCAGUGCUGCAGAAGAAUAUGAAAGAGAGUAUCGUCCUGAAUAUGAACGUCUGAAGAAAUCACUGGCCCGCGCACAGAGCCAGCAGCAGGAAGAACAGCUGGAACGCCUUCGGAAAGAUAUGGGCUCUGUAGCCUUGGAUACAGGGACUGCUGCAGGCAGCUCAUCUCCUGUGCUGGACCCUUCUGACUUGAUCCUGACUCGGGGAACCUUGGAUGAAGAGGAUGAGGAAGCAGACAGUGAUACUGAUGAUAUUGACCACAGAGGAGCUUCCUGUUGUUGAGAGAAGACCUUAAGCAUGCAGCCAAUAAUAGGGGAGAGAGGAAAUGGUAAAGGAUGCAGCACCAGGAAAGAGUUCCUGGCCUUCCUGCUGAAUGGUUAAUAUUGAGUUUGAUUACAAGCCUUUUGUGAGUCCUGUGUCUUCCCAUCUUCAGGUGCUAACUCAAUCUGAGGAAUCUAGGAUUGUUUAUUGUAAUCAUUGCUUUAAGAAUACAUAAGAAGGCCUCAGCAGAUCUAAACCAGUUAGAAAGGACUGUGACGUUGUGGAUAGAAUGUCUCUGGAAACCCAAAAGGCUUCCACAUGGCAUAGUUUCAUGGACUGUAGACAGAAUCUAUUUCUUGAAACAAUCCUUUUAGGUCCUAGCUAUGCCCAAAAGCAAAACUCUUUCUAGGGUGCUGGGUGCUAAGAUGUAAAUUGUCUCAUUGAAUAAGAUUUGAGUGGGGGGAGGGUGUGGCUUAGUGGCAGAGUACAUACCUAGUAUGCACAGGGUCCUUGGUUCAAUCCUCAGUACCUCCAUCAAAUAAAUAAACCUAAUUACCCCCCUGCCCCUCCCCCCCAAAAAAGAAAAAAAAAAGAUUUAUUGAGGUAUAAUUUACAAACAAUAAAUCUUACCCUUUUAAAGUGUAUAGUUUGAUUAAUUUUAAUUUAGAUAUAUGGUCUUUAAUCCCCAUCAUAAUCAAGAAACAGAACACUUCCAUUACCCUAAAAGUUAGUUCAUGCCUGUUUUUAUUCAGUCCCUUCCCUCACAGUAAUUCCUGACAACCACUUAUCUGAUUUUUGUUCCUAUAAUUUAAUUGGAAUCACAGUAUUUAAGUUGUAUUUGGCUUUUUUUACUCAGUGUAAUGUUUCUGUGAUCCAUCCAUGUUAUUGCAUGUAUCAGUAACAUGUUCUUUUUAUUGCUGAGUAAUAUUCUAUUAUGGAAUACCUUUGGAUGUACCUUUGUUUAUCCAUUCACCAACUGAUUGACAUUUGGGUUGUUUCCAAGUUUUAGCUAUUGUGAAUAAAGCUGCUAUAAACAUUU